AUGGCUCAAAAUCAAGCACAACAAAAUGUUAUGAGAAGGAAACUGGUAAUUAUAGGUGAUGGUGCUUGCGGAAAGACUUCACUUCUUUCUGUCUUCACUCUAGGCUAUUUUCCGACUCACUACGUACCCACUGUGUUCGAGAACUAUGUGACUGAUUGUCGGGUCGAUGGUCGAUCGGUGCAAUUAGCGUUAUGGGAUACAGCUGGCCAGGAAGACUACGAAAGAUUAAGGCCGCUCGCAUAUUCAAAGUCACAUGUUAUCUUGAUCGGCUUCAGCGUCGACAGUCCCGACAGCUUAGAAAACGUCCAGCACAAAUGGAUAGAAGAAGCCCGCGAGAGAUGUCCGGACAUACCUAUCAUAUUGGUUGGAUUGAAGAACGAUUUGAGGCAGGACCCUAUCGCAAUUGAAGAGAUGAGGAAGAAGAGCCAGAAGUUCAUCACUCAGCGCGAAGGUGAACAAAUGGCACAGAUGUGUGGCGCUCGCAAAUAUCUUGAGUGCUCGAGUUUGACAGGAGAGGGUGUCGACGAUGUUUUUGAGGCUGCCACGCGAGCCGCUUUAUUGAACAGCGGCAAGCAGAGCGAAGGUGGCUGCUGUAUAGUUUUGUGA